CUACGUGCUGAGGAGGGCAUCCAUAAAGCCAUCUCCCAAACCAACUCCCAACCCCCUCCACGUGCACAACGGGGUUCGGGCUAUUACAUCACACCCGCAGCUCUGCCAGCGCAGCUAUAUAGCGCGCGUGGCGGAGAGCAUGUGGAGCACGCAGAGCUUUCAAAGGCUGCUGCAUCAUCAGCAGUGCGUGCGCAGACACGACCUUCCCGUGCCGCUGUGACGGGAAUUACUGGAAGAGAGAGAGAGACAGAGAAUAAGAGCGCGUGCCACCUCUAAAUUUCCUGCACCCAUCGCGAGCGCUAUGCCUCGCUACAUCAUCGCGGUCCUGUUGCUCCCGUGCUUGCUGCAUCUUGCGCGCGAGGCUGCGUGCCAGCACUACUACGCGCUGCGCCCGCUGCCCAGUGACGCGCUGCCGGUGGUGGAGCUGCACGAGGACCCGGACCCCGCGCUGGACCCCGGAGAGCGUGAUCUGAACGAGACCGAGCUCCGGCGCGCGCUUGGACACUUUGACGCACGCUUUCUGUCCGCGUCGCCUCCGCCGCCCCUGUCGCCUCAGGAACCGGAGAACAACGAGCACGAGCUCCGGCAACGCGCGGGCGGUAGCGGAGACCACCUGCACGCGGGAGUGAAGCGGAAGAACCAGAAGAGGAGGAAAAAGAAGCUGCACGAGCAACAGCAUCACCGGCUGCGCGAGCAGCAGCACGAAGAGGAGAAGAAAAGGAAGCGGCGGCGGCGUCUUUGGCUGCGCGAGUUUGAGCGUGAGCGCGCGCUUUGCCCCGUAGUGCAAACGUGGAGUGACCUGGGCGCGCGCUUCUGGCCGCGCUACGUGCGCAUGGGAAGCUGCAGUCGUGAGCGCUCGUGCUCGGUGCCCGCGGGCAUGUUGUGUACGCCCGCCGCAUCCACCCACGUGACGCUGCUGCGCUGGAGGUGCGCUAGGCGAGGGACGCUCCGGUGCGCCUGGAUCCGCGUGCACUACCCCAUCAUCACAGAGUGCAAGUGCUCGUGCUCGAGCAGCUGACCUGAAAUCCAGGAGGAGUUAUAAACAGACUGAACUGUUUAUAUAAAUGUAUAUAAAUAUAUAAGAUUUAUCUUUUAUCUGCAGAUUCCUGAGGUGCCGCUGCAGGGACUCUUCAUGCUUCUGUGAAGUGAUAAAUACAAAUAGCCUACAUAAUAACACCACCUCUCAAACAGAGCUGAGUGUGUGUGUGAGGAAGAGAGAGAGAAGCCCUGACUCAUAUUCUGACAGAGUAAAUUAUGUGGUUAUAUGUGUUAUAUGUUGUCAUGCUGACACCUGAUUUCGCUAACCUCCAACUUUCUCUAAUAAUGAACCACGUUUUAACUCCAAACUCUACUGAGAGACUGAUUUCAUUUUAACAACUGAACUGAAUUGAAUCAGGAAUAAACUUUAUAAAAACUGUACACAGAACUGCAGUGGAAUGCCUUGACCUAAGCGACUGGAAUCAGCAGCUGAUGUUUAUAGCUAAAGUAGCUUAGCACAGCCAUUUUGGAAAUUCACUUUACAGACUGUAUAAACUGCUGUUUUGAUUAAACAAAUGAUCAUCCACAGCUUGUAAGAAAAAUGGUUAAGCUGGUUUGAACAGAUAUAGUAUAGGGUAUGUUUUAGUUAGUUUGUUUAUAGUUUCACUGGUGACCAACCUAAAAAACUUGUUGGCCAUUAUGACAGUGACGUUGAUCAACCAGCAUCAGUAUCCUGUACACUGGCCAGCUCUACUAGACUUGUAUGACCAGCUUGAUGUCCAGCUUUGUUAACAAUGUCAUUUUGUUAAGCAUAGCAACCGGCCAAACCGUUUUAUUUAAAAUCAUGGAAUCUGUUUUCACCUGAAAGUUCCGCUUCUCAACCACCUUGACCCACAAAAACCCACUUAGAUCAUCUGAAACUAGCAACCAGCAAACCCUAUAUUUUUAUAGAACAAUCAAAUGCAAGCCUAAUUAAAAUAGUUAACAUAGGUUAACAUGUAUGUGGUAAAGUGAAAUUCGUUUAGUUUGGGUUUCAUAUAAGCAUAUAAGCAGCCUAGUUAGUGAGAAAAACUCAAAUCUGACUAACUCAAAGUUCUAUUGGAGUGACUGGCGAUAAUGUUUUAUAGAAGGAACUAGAGUUUGUUUCUGGCUUCACAAAUCAGACAGAAAUAAAGUGCCUGAGAAAUGGUACCUUCCAUAAACGGUUUAACUUAAAUAUACAAAUUCUACUAUUUUUCACCCACCUUUUUACCGCCAGGUGUAGGAAUGGAUUUUCUGUAUAUGUGGUUUUGUAUGAAAUAGUUCAGUAUUAUGUGUAUCCAGAGUCUACUGUCUUUGUGGAAAAUAUUUGGUUAUAGCUUCUGUAUUUAUAUUGCUUAAAACUAUGCAUAGAGUUUGAAAUAUUUGAUGCAGUUUUUCAAUUAUGGAAAUCUGAUCUGUUGACCUCACAUUUAUUAUGGAGUAUCGUUUUAUAUCACACAGCUGUGACAGCGAUUUUAUACUGUAAAUUAAGAAUGACUGCUAUUUAUUCUUUAUAUUCCUAUAAUAAAUCAUUCUGUGACAUAAAA